AUGCGCAGUACUCCUCUAGGGAUUGAAGAAGAAGAUGACGAAAUGGGGGCGAACCGUGCCGUGGCUUGGGAGUCGGGACAACAACACCAGGCCACUCCAGAGAAUGCGGUGCCCGCGGAGGUUCUCACGUUGAUAGACGAUCAUCAUAUCCUGCGUGGGAGGAAUGCGCGGGAAGCAAUACGCAGUACUUGUUGGAAUAUCAUUGGAGAGAUGCAGGCGGCUUACUACUUCCUGGAGGGAAGAGAAAAGUCGUUAUUAGCCGCGGGCCAAUCAGCGCGCGGCUGCGAGGACACCCCAUUUGCCAUUUGCGCCGUCGUCGUCUUUUGUCGCGGAUUAUUGCUGGUCCUGCUCGAGAAUCCCCAAGUCCUGGCAGCGAUCGAACAGGAACACCCAAUUCUCACGCUCACCACGCUCACGAUAUCCGCCACUCCAACUCCAACUCUCCCGGCCCAAUUCCUCAGUUCUAGUUCCACUUCCACGGCCAAAGCCCGUGAGCUCGACCUUGGGCUCUGGCGCUGGAUCUUGCCGCCGCCGCCCACGUUUGUGGACCCGUGGACCCCGAGACAUCCCCUCCGCCCCCCUCCGCCAGGCGCUCCCUCCUUGGUGCGAAGCAGACGAGCCAUAUGCUGGGCACAGAACCGUCCCCUAGCCGCUCACUAUCCUGAUUGGCGAGCCCUGGUGGAAACAUUGUUGCAGCGCCUUACACCUUACAAGUUGCAAGUUACAACUUUCCACCUUCCCAGCACUUCGAGCCAGUCUGGUGCAUCAAACAGAGCCUGGAGGGCUGCUAACCCCCCCCUCCCUUCCGCCCCCCAAAGAUCGACCCCGUCCGUCUAUCAACACAACAUGGAGGAGGUCAAAACAACGCGACGACUGACCAAGAAACCGCCCCCAGCAUGCGAUAAGUCCUCCCUCUCCAUUCGCAGUCAGAAGAGCUCUGGCAGCCUGCAGAGAGCUCCCUCUGCCCCCAACCCCAACGGCCCAUACUACAGAUCCCAUCCCUCCCAGCGCCACAGUCGAACUGCCUCCAUCCCGAAUCCCACUGCCUACGCCUCCUCCAAUUCAUCUCUCGACUAUCAAAUAUCUGGCCCGUCACCCGCACUAGGGGUCUCAGAGUUCGGUGCGCCCACGGGCCGGGGCCCCUUCGAUCAUACAUCGACGCCCCUCACGGAAAAAACAUCGGAGGAGUUGAUUGGGGCUCCCUUCGACGGGUCGAGUAUCUUGAACCAUAUCGAAUCAUCGAAAAUCACGGGCUAUCAGAGCGCUCUGCGACGACCACCGCCGCCACCACUAUCACAUACGAGCCCCGAUCCGCGGGGUCUAGGGCCGCCUCUACGACAAUCAGCGAGCUUCACGGUGGGAGACAGGAUGAAUGAGAAGAUACAGCCGCGCAUUGGUGAGAGCCAGCUCAUCAGUCCGAAGCGCUAUUCGGACGAGAGUAAAGAGCCCAAGCUGGGUAUGAUACGGAAGAAGUCGGGUUUCUCAGGCUUCAUGAACCAGAUCGGCAUCGGCUCUCCUCGAGGUGUCAAGAUAUCCGCCCCAGAGAACCCCGUUCACGUCACGCACGUUGGAUACGACCAAGAUACUGGACAAUUCACUGGCCUGCCGAAAGAGUGGCAACGAAUGCUCAAUGAUAGUGGAAUUACAAAGAAGGAACAACAGCAGCACCCGCAGACCAUCGUAGACAUCGUAGGAUUUUAUAAGGAAAAUGCAGAGAAGGGAUCAGACGAGGUAUGGGACAAAUUCGAUCAUGCCAAUGUGCCAGAGAUGCGAGUGGGGGUCUCAAAUCCUGCUCUGGUAUCACCAGGGCUCCUCAACACCCCAGGACCUUACGGAUCGAUGACAAGCCCGCCCGCAAGUCCGCGGUUUCCUUCGAACCAUGAGACGAGCUUUGAAAACCCUAGAUCUCCGCCCCCUGUGCCACGAGGGACAGCUUCAGGGCCGCCUCAAGGCGUAGGGCUAGCUCUGCAACCAAAGGAUGCCAACGGCCUCGUACCGAGUCGUCCAGCACCGAGACCACCAGUUGCUCUCCAAGGGCCCACCAGAGCUACACCCCCACCUAUUCUGGCCAAAGACUCGGGAAUAUCUAUGCCUCGUCAGAGCGACGACCUCCCCGCAAUUGCAUAUGUGCCACCGACACAAGCAGAUGCCCCGCCUAUGCUCCCCGAGGAACACAGAUCACGAUCGAACUCGCGCGUUAAUGGUACUCCUCCAUUUGCAACCCCGGUGCAAAGUCUAUCCCCUCAAAUCUCAUAUCAACAACAACUUGCAGAGCAACAGCAGACAGCUAUGAUGCAGGCACAACAGUCCCAACUAGGACGUGCUCCUAGCAAGCGCGUGCCCCCUCAGCAACCUACCCCGCCAACUCCUCAAGGCCAAUUCCAGCGCCCUCCUGAGCUCAAUGGUGUACCUCACCCUAGCCAGCAGGUAAGAGCGGGACCGGGGCCCCGUCCCAGACACCGCCCACGGCAGAGCACGGGUUUUGAUAUAGUUGCCCGCCUUAAACAAAUUUGCACGGAAGGGGACCCGAGAGAUAUUUAUAAGGACCUGACAAAAAUUGGCCAAGGCGCUUCAGGUGGUGUGUUUACUGGUUAUGAAAGGGGCACAAACCGGCUAGUGGCGAUCAAGCAGAUGAACCUAGAGCAGCAACCGAAGAAGGAUCUCAUUAUCAACGAAAUUCUUGUCAUGAAAGACAGCUCACACCCAAACAUCGUCAAUUUUAUCGACAGUUUUCUGGUUACUGGGGAACUCUGGGUCAUAAUGGAAUUCAUGGAGGGAGGGAGCUUAACCGAUGUUGUUACAUUCAACAUCAUGUCUGAAGGCCAGAUUGCUUCGGUAUGUCGCGAGACAUUAAAGGGGCUGCAGCACCUACACUCGAAGGGCGUUAUCCACCGAGACAUCAAGUCUGAUAAUAUCCUUCUUUCGUUAGAUGGAAAUAUCAAACUAACGGAUUUUGGCUUUUGCGCACAAAUCAACGAAGCUCAUAACAAGCGAACCACCAUGGUCGGAACUCCUUAUUGGAUGGCACCGGAAGUUGUGACGCGGAAAGAGUAUGGCCGCAAGGUCGAUAUCUGGUCCCUGGGUAUUAUGGCCAUUGAGAUGAUUGAAGGAGAACCCCCAUAUCUUACCGAGUCGCCACUUCGCGCCCUCUAUCUCAUCGCCACAAACGGCACCCCCGCGAUCAAGGAUGAGCAUGCCCUCAGUCCUGUAUUUAAAGACUUCCUUUAUUUUGCACUAAAGGUUGAUCCCGAGAAGAGAGCCAGCGCGCAUGAUUUACUACGACACGAUUUUAUGAGGCAAUGCUCGGACCUUGGCCAACUAGCACCCCUUGUCCGCUCCGCGAGAAACGCAAGAGCCCAGGAGAAAGCCCAAAAGGCAGUUUCGUAA